AUGUCGACGACAACUGCGAAACGCAAGCGCGUCAAAAGGGCAUGUGUCCCUUGCCACCAGCGCAAGCGGAAGUGCGACUCCGAGUAUCCUUGUGGCAUGUGCACCACCUACGAAUACGACUGCAGGUACGCCGACGAUGAGGACGGCACCGUCCCGGCCCCAGCCAAGCGCGUCGGCCUCGAACGCGGCCGCAAAAGGGUGAGCUCAGCAGCCGCUGCUACAUCAAGCAGUGCUUCCAGUGGGCUUUAUGAAGCGCGGAGCGGUCCCCGCGAAGCAGCCGACGGCUCGUCGACGCAGAGUCCGACCGUCGUGAGCGGCGCGUCCCCAGCCACCACCGCCCCCGUCGGCAUCUUCGACGAGCACAAGCCCGUAUACGCCGGGGCAUCGGCGGCGAUGGCGUUCCCUCACAUUCUGGGCGUGGCGCUCGGCUCCGACAGUACUCCCAAAAUGCAUUCGUUUGCCUACAACUUCGGCAUCCGGCCUGAAGAAGUUUCCAGUACUCACGACCCCUUGGGGAAGCUCAUCACGGAGGACGAUCUCGGCUUCCUCUCGCGUGUGUACUUUUCUGAAUUGGCUCCCGUCAUCGACCUAAUGGACUCGACGAUAUAUGCCCGGCGAUGUCGGGACUAUUACCAUAGCUCUGGCGGCGCUGCAGUUGCCUUUGGCGCCGUCGCCGCUGGGGUAGCCGCCCUCGGGUCGUUUCUCUCUCCCAACAGACACCCGCGAGAGUCUGAGCUGGUCCUGUACGCCAAAGCCAUCCUCGACGAUCCAGCCUCGAUGCGCAUGCUGUCCAUUGACCACAUCAUCGCCUGGGGCCUGAGGAUGAUGUAUUUGCGGGCCACGGCCCUGCCCAACAGCGCCUGGAUUGCUUCUUGCACCAUCAUGCACCUCUGCGAAGCUGUGGGGCUGCAUGAGGAAGAGAACAUCAAGAAGCUGGCAUCUGUCCCGGGCGCCGCGGCUGCGGGACAUGAUGCGGACCGACUGAGGCGAGUUUUCUGGGUCGCAUGGGCCGGGCACAACAUGCUGUCAUACGAGUACGAUCGCUCGGCCGUGCGAUUCCGAGCCGUGACUUGCCAGGCUAUCGCCCCCCUAGCAGGAUCCUUUGCCGACCAGUUCGUGCGAGUAGCCCAGAUCAUCCCGGCGCCCAACUCCCCAUUCAGCCUCGAAUGUCAGCCUCCAAGUCCGAGGGAGGAGUUGUUUGAGCGUCUCAAGUCAUUGGCUAAGCUCCAAUUCACCCAUCCAUUUCUGGUGGUGACCAAGGCUGACCUCGCGUUGUGUUUUUAUCGUCGCAUUUACCAGCUCAAGAUGGGCAUAUCGGAUGAGAUCAUUCAGCUCAUCAUUGACAGUGGCAACGCCGCGUUGGAAGCGGCCGAGCAGCUGGCUAUCCACGGCCGCCUGUUCUGGAACGUCAUCGGCAGCGUCUUCCACUAUGCCUGUGUUCUCUUAGCCAUCGAUACGCCGGCCGCCUCCGCUCACAUUGCCGCUGCCUUCAAGGCAUUAGAGAACCUCGUCGUGGCCGCCGACACGGGACCUAUGCGUGAGGCACUGGCAAUGGCACGGCGGCUACUCAGCCUCAAAAUGGAAAAGAAGCGAAAAGAACUUGCCCAGUUGGAAGCUGUCGAGGCGGGCUAUCAAUUCUUUCAAGAACCUUCGGAAUCUGAAGCCACCAUCGCUAUGCCGGAGUUGGGCUGGGGUUGGGAUUGGAACCAGUUUCUCGUCGAGCCAUAUCUAUCGAUGCUUAGCCCUGACGUCCAGUUGUAG